UGUUUGACAAGCCUGGGACAAAUGCAUUUGUAAUCAAUUCCAUACAGUAUAUGGCUGGGAAACCACGGACUAUGUACUUAGACGAAACCAGAUGCCCUAAGCAAGAAUACGGAAUUCGAUCCUUCAGAGUCUUUUUUUUCACAGUUUGAUUCUAGCUUAGAAUUCCGCUGGUACUUGACAAGAAAGAAAACGUAUGUGCAUAGAUAUACUUUCGUUAUAAGAAAAAGCCAGCUUAAAGUGGUUUGAUUGAAAGUAACUUAGGUUUUAGUGAAAAUAAGAAUGUCUAAAAGGAGUUAAGUUUUGGCUAUAUCACAUUUUAAAGAUAACCAUGGACGGUUUUAAGCAUCUCGGCUGGAUUGAGAAGCUUUUUUUGUAUACAGUGAAACACGUAUAAAGCAUCGCAAACGAUACGAACUUUCUGUGCUGUUUGACUGUAAAAUGGGUUGGUUGCUCAAUUCAACAUCAGCCAUGCAAGACGCUAUAGAGGGAGAUUUCCUGGGAAUGUUUCCAAACGCUCCGUAUGACAGAACUUUCAUUACCAACAGGACAAACCAGUCAUGGAGCGACCUGCUUAAAUACCUGGACUUGGAUAAAUCCGAUUUUUUUGUAGACGGAUCAGCAGCCGUAAGAAUAUUCAUAUCUAUUGUUUACUCUGUCGUCUGUGCUUUGGGGCUCGUUGGCAAUAUACUUGUUAUGUACCUCAUGAAAUCCAAACAAGGAUGGAAGAAAUCCUCGAUUAACCUGUUCGUGACCAGCCUUGCAGUGACAGACUUCCAGUUUGUUUUGACUUUACCGUUCUGGGCUGUAGAAAAUGCGCUAGAUUUCACUUGGCUUUUUGGCAAAGCCAUGUGCAAGAUUGUGUCUUAUGUGACUGCAAUGAACAUGUAUGCAAGCGUGUUCUUUUUGACUGCUAUGAGUGUGACCAGAUACUGGUCCGUAGCAUCUGCACUGAAGAGUAGAAGGAGAUCCCCUGGCUGUUAUGCAAAAUGGAUGAGUAUCCUUAUCUGGAUUUCGGCUAUCCUGGCCGCGUUGCCUCAUGCUAUAUUUUCUACAACGUCUACAGUGUCAGAUGAAGAGCUGUGCUUAGUAAAGUUUCCCGACCAAAAUGACUCUGCCCAGUUCUGGUUGGGACUUUACCACGCUCAGAAAGUAAUGCUAGGAUUUGUCAUUCCUUUAUUCAUCAUUACCGUGUGCUACCUGCUGUUGCUGCGCUUUAUCACCAACAAAAACGUUAACACCUCCAGUACAAAAAGAAGAUCCAAAGUGACAAAGUCUGUAACUAUCGUUGUCCUUUCUUUUUUUCUUUGCUGGCUGCCGAACCAAGCUUUGACUGCGUGGGGUAUCCUGGUCAAGCUCAACGUGGUCCAUUUCAGCUACGAGUACUACACAACCCAAGCUUACAUCUUCCCCAUAACUGUGUGUCUGGCACACUCCAAUAGCUGCCUCAAUCCCAUUCUGUACUGCUUAAUGAGAAGGGAGUUCAGAAAGGCGCUGAGAAAACUGUUCUGGAAGAUCACUUCUCCCACUGUUACCAAUAUGCGACCAUUCACUGCCACCACAAAGCCAGAGCAGGAUGAUCAGGGGAAUGCGCUGGUCCCUUUGACCGCGGCGGGACUGGGGAUCGUAUUCUAUCCACCAGGAGCUGCCAUCUACAACGGGAGGUACGAUAUGCUCCCGAACAGUACCACAGAGCAACGUCGGUAUUAGCUUGUUAAGUCAGUCGGCAAUUUUGAAUGGACAGUGAAAGUUUAUUAAAUGAAAUAAACCGAAGUAUAAACUGCAAUUUGAUCCAUCUUUCUACUUGGUCGACCAAAACCAGGUGCUUAAUGUUAAAGUAUGAUUUUCUAAUACAUAUUGCAAAUCCCCAUACAAAUAAACAAACAAACAAAUAAAUAAAUAAAUACAAAUACAGUCCGGGUAUUGAUCGUCAAUGA